ACUCGUCGUGCGUCCCUAAUUUGGAGAAGUGUAUGCAGUAAGGGGUCCGCUCGCCUUUCCAGGUGGAAUUCCGAGAGGAGUUGGAACUAAACUAACUGACUCGAGUGGUGAACUCUGCUCAGGACAGGUGAAAUUCCCUGCGGGCAGCGUGAGGGUGGUUAUGGGAUCUGAAAAGAGGAAUGAAGGAAUGCAAUCGGCAUGGAAGGCUUCUCGCCAUUCUGAAUGACAAUUAAAUACGUCUGACAUAACAAAAAUCUUCACUCAAACGCCCAAAGCCCCGGACAUCAACCUAUCUCUACGUGCUUAGGAUUUUGAAAACAGUUCAGAUAUGCCUGCUGCAUUUGUUUGGCAAUAAAGCCAUGACAAAAAAACAAACGGAGACAUUAUUGCUAUUGGGUUUUGAUGGGCUGACGUGGGGUAAAGGAAUGAUUUAACAUAGUGCAAACGGAAGGAAAUAAAGCAAAAUGAAGGAGAAGUCUAAAACUGCCGCAAGGACUAGACGGGAAAAGGAAAACAGCGAAUUUUACGAACUGGCAAAAAUGUUGCCUUUACCGUCUGCCAUCACAUCACAGCUGGACAAAGCCUCCAUAAUACGACUGACAACAAGUUACCUGAAGAUGAGAAUUGUCUUCCCUCAGGGUUUAGGUGAAGCUUGGGGUCAGACAAGUCGAACAAGGUCACUGGAUAAUGUAGGGCGCGAGUUGGGAUCUCAUCUACUCCAGACGUUAGACGGAUUCAUCUUUGUGGUGGCUCCCGACGGGAAGAUAAUGUACAUCUCAGAGACAGCUUCAGUCCAUUUGGGACUCUCUCAGGUAGAGUUGACUGGGAACAGUAUUUAUGAGUAUGUUCACCCGGCUGACCACGACGAGAUGACGGCAGUCCUAACCCCACACCAACCCUACCAUUCGCACUUCGUUCAAGAGUAUGAGGCGGAGCGCUCAUUCUUCUUGAGAAUGAAGUGCGUGCUUGCAAAAAGAAACGCGGGCCUUACCAGUGGUGGAUAUAAGGUGAUCCACUGUAGUGGUUACUUAAAGAUACGCCAGUACAGCCUCGACAUGUCGCCUUUCGAUGGCUGCUACCAGAACGUGGGGCUGGUGGCAGUGGGGCACUCGCUGCCUCCCAGCGCUGUCACCGAGAUCAAACUACACAGCAACAUGUUCAUGUUUAGAGCCAGUCUCGACAUGAAACUCAUCUUCCUCGAUUCAAGGGUAGCCGAGCUGACAGGCUACGAGCCUCAGGAUCUGAUAGAGAAGACUCUGUACCACCACGUGCACAGCUGUGACACCUUCCACCUGCGCUGUGCCCACCACCUGUUGCUAGUGAAAGGCCAGGUGACCACUAAGUACUACAGAUUCCUGGCCAAGCAUGGUGGCUGGGUAUGGGUCCAGAGCUAUGCCACCAUCGUCCACAACAGCCGUUCCUCCAGACCUCACUGCAUAGUCAGUGUCAACUAUGUGCUUACGGAUACGGAAUACAAGGGCAUGCAGCUGUCUUUGGAUCAGAUGAGCCCCAGCAAGCCACCGUUCCCCUACACCAGCACUCCUGGCAGCACCGAGGAGCGAAAAGGGACUAAGUCACGUCUGAGUCACUCUAAGGCCAAAGCUAGGGUCUCCCCUUACCCCCAGUUCUCAGCUUUCCACCCAGAGCGCUCAGAGUCAGACCAGGACAGCCAAUGGGGAGGCAGCCCUCUGACGGACUCUGCCUCGCCCCAGCUGCUCGAUUCCGGGGAAGGCAUGGAGGCAUCCUGCGCCUACAGACUCUACCCUGACUCGGGCUCGCUGUGCUACAGCCUCGCCCUGUCGGAGGAGGACCUCACCCAUGGCUCCGGCCACCCACACACCCCCGCCUGCGAUAGAGCCCGCUGCCAAGCUGGACGCUACCUCCUGGGCUCCACCCCCCAGUCUGGACGAGAGGCAUGGUGGGAUGCCACACGCUCAGUCCUCUCGCUACCUAAAUCCUCACUGGAGAAUGGUGAGGGCUAUGACCUCACUUCCUACCACGGAGCCAUACACGGAAGAGGACACUGGGAUGAGGAAAGCGUGGUGAGCUCGCCCGAAGGGGGCGGAGGCUCCACCAGUGACUCGGGUGAGCGUUACCGUGGCGACCAUUUCCGGGCCAGCCCUCAGGAGCCCAGCAAGAUGGAGACCCUGAUCAGGGCCACCCAGCAGAUGAUCAAGGAGGAGGAGAGCCGUCUGCAGCUGCACAAGGGGCCCCUGGAUGCCCUGGGCCCCGUCUCAGGCCUCUCCAAAGCCCACAGCCCCUGCUUCACCCCCUCCCUGCCUCUCCCCCAGGCCGCCAUGCCCGGAGUGGUCUGCCGAGGCCCCGGCCUCACCAGCAUCAACCUCACCUCCUCCGACCGCCUCCAUCACCGCGAUGAUGACAAUGGCAAGGCGCUGGGUUCCCACGAUAAUGACGACAACACGGCCAGCCCAGCCUCCCUGUCACGUCUGAGCAGCCCCAGCUCAGAGGGCAUGUCCAGGUCAGGCCUGGGGCUCACUAAAGACUACCUGCAGACAGACAUGUCUCCACACCCUCCGCUGGGCCCCCAGGGGAGCCCGCUGCUCUACCCAGCCCAGGACAGACAGACACUGGACAGGCACGCAGCCACCUAUGCCUUGGCUGGCUACUCCCUGGAGCAUCUGUAUGACCCGGAGAGCCUGCGCAGCUACUCGGGUCUGGGAUACGGCAGCAUGCAGUACGACAUGGCCUCACACAUGCGCAUGCAGGCUGACCAGAUGCAAGGACACAAGGCCACCUCAGUCAUCAUCACUAAUGGGAGCUGA